CCUUCCUUUAGCAAUUUUGCAUACGAUUCUGAGACUCUUCUCUCUCGCGACGCCGAAACCCUAGCCUGUGGUUUCAUCGAAAGAUUUUGCUUGAAAAAUCUCCCGCGGUUCCUUCAAAGAUUUUUCUAAACUUUUUCUGAAUCUCGAAACCCUUUUUGCGAAAUCGAUUUUGCGAUAUUUUUUAGAACUUUUUUUUUUUUUUUUUGUUUUUUUAAACGCGUUAAGUUUUCGAUUCGAUCUGAUCUGAGGAUGUCAAGGUGUUUUCCUUACCCUCCACCCGGCUAUACGGUUAGAAGGAGCAAUGAAGAAGCAGCCUUGAUCGAAUCGAUUAAGCUCCAAAAGGAGAGGGAGAAAGCCAAAGCUGAAAGGAAGGAAGAGAAGAAGAGGGAGAAGAGGGAGAAGAGGGAGAAGAAAGAGAGGAAGAAAGAAAGGAAAGAGAAGGAACAGCAGAACUUAAGUGAUUCUGCUCAAAGAGACAAGUCCCACAAAAAGGGCGAUUCUGCUCAGAGAGACAAGUCCCACAAAAAGGGUGAUUCUGCACAGAGAUACAAGUCCCACAAAAAGGACAAUUCUGAGUUUAAAGAUGGAUGCAUAGAUAAAAAGAGACCUUCCGAGUCUGAACAAUUAGAAAGGAGCAAUCUCACUGUGGAAUAUGGACAAGCUGUAUGUUCACAAAAUCCCAACACCUCAUCUGAUAGCACUCAGAACAGCAACAAAAGGAAAAGGCAUUUGUCACCACCAAAUGUCACCCGCUCUCAUGGGAAUGUUAUCAGGAUUCGUUUGCCCUCACAGAAGCAAAUGGACUAUGAUUCUUCAGCUCAAAAUCAACAGAUUUGUUCAACUUCUGGCAGGUUGGAUUUGCCAGUCCAGCGCAAAUGUGAAACUGCUUCAAGUGCUGGUGCAGAUAACAUUUGUAGUACUUCACAGCAAGCUCAAAAUGCUGUUGAGACGCAUGUGUCUGCUGCUUCGCGGCCUAAAAGAGUGGAGAAGCCUAUGCAUAAAGAUGAAUUGCAGUUUAGAAAUUUGAUAGAGAACUGGGUUCCCUCAAGUUUAAAUGAUCUUGGUGAUGAUGAUCAAGAUUGGUUAUUCAAGAGAAGAAAGCAUGAUGAUACUAAUGCAAAGAAGGCUAUAGCCAGCACCGCUAUGUUGUGUGGUAGCGCUGCAUUAUGGCCCCGCGCUCAGUAUUUGCAGGAUGCAGACAUCUUUGCUUUACCCUACACCAUUCCUUUUUGAAUAUGCAUGCUGUAUACUGAUGUUAGGUGUUGAUGCUGGCAUGCUGCUUCAGAUUUUGUAGCCCAUUGCCUGUGGCAGCUCGAAUUCAUGUUUAGAGGUGGUAGCAUUUAACCAUCCCACAGAUAGAAAGAGGGUGCAUUCUUUACAUUUUAUCGAGUAUGGGGUGAUUGCCAGAAUGCCAGGGGAAGAACAAGAGAUGUUCUCAUGAACUGGUCAUUAUGAUGUGUAAAAGAUGUGUACUCUUUUAACAAUAGUGAAUUUCAUCUGAAACUUUGGUUUCUUCUUUUCCA